GGCGGGUUCGAGGGAAUGUAAUGGAAAGUACUGGUCGCGAGGGCGGAGCGAGGCGCAAAGGUGGCUCUCCAAGGGUCGUUUAGACAGUGAUCUUUUGCGCCGGCCGUCUAUCUCUGUCAAUGGCCUCUUUGCCUCCUCACCAGUCCACCAUCAACCGUCGCAACCGCACUCCGCAAUCAUUUAAGGCAUUUACGGUUCAACUCCACCACCCCCUCACCAUGAUCGUGCAAGGUGCACGAGUCUUCCGUGAUGUCCGCUUCUCGGUUCUCCACCACGUCCGCAAAGCAUCUCAAGAAGACUGUAUAAAGCGCCAGUCGUAGUAUCCUUAGAUUCACCUUCGGCGGCAAUCCUAGACUCUGGGCUGAGAACUCACACCGACGCGCGAUUUAUAUCCAGGGAAGGACUCCCCGCGCGAGCCUUUGCUCACCGUAACAGCGACAUUGCGGAUAGCAGAUAGCGGGGUAGAUGAACGCAUAGUUGUAGAGGGUCUGUUCACGCAAGCCGCUUGUGUCGAAUCCGGGGUCGAUGAUUC